GUCAGAAGCCAGUACUCCAGUACAUUCAUAUAUUCGCAGAUUUCCUCUGUAUUACGCCUCAAGAACCAGCGGAAACCCAUAUACUCAGACCUCCUCUGAGAGACACACCGCCACACGCCAAACACUAGCUACCAAACACGCCACAGAGAGGUCGGGAGACCAUACAACGAUGGACAGGUUUGUAGUCUCCCCUGCCAGCUCGCCGUCUGCUGCAGACCCCGGCAGUGGUGCUGAUGAUGCAGGGGAUGGGCCAAAAUCACUCAUUUUUUUUGCUCUAGUGAAGCCAAAUCGCGUACAAAAGCGCCUCCGGCGGGGCGCCUCCAGCGGGGCCCUCCGGGGGCGCCUCCCGCGGGGCCCCCUCACCAGCCGGGGGGGGCCGAUGGUCGCGGCUGCGCCGCGACCGCGCGGCUUCGCCGCGCCACCAGUGUACUGA